AACUUCCACAGGAACAAACAAUCAUGAGAACUAUUUCCCUUCAUUCAACCUCAUUUUCACUUCUUGAGUUCCAUGGUACCAAGAAUUUGGCACACAGCAGGAUCAAUGGAUCGGUUUCGUUAAUUCCAAUGGCAAGGUCUCAAUUUCAGCCUAAAAAAAGACGUGACAUUGGUACUAGCAAUAGAAAUCCGAGUUUUAGCUGGAUGGCAACAGUUGGAGAGAAAGUGCAGAACUCCACUGUUCCUACUUCUGUUCCUGUUCGAGUUGCACUGGAAUUGCUUCAAGCUGGCCAUCGUUAUUUAGAUGUCAGAACUGCUGAAGAGUUCAGUGAUGGGCAUGCUGCUGGGGCCAUAAACAUUCCCUACAUGCUUAGAAUUGGAUCAGGGAUGAUAAAGAACCCCAAUUUCUUGGAGGAAGUGUUGGAACAUUUUGGGAAGGAUGAUGAAAUUAUAGUUGGAUGCCAGUUGGGUAAGAGAUCAUUUAUGGCUGCAACUGAACUUCUUGCUGCUGGAUUUACUGGGGUGACUGACAUUGCUGGUGGAUAUGCUGCUUGGACAAAGAGUGGACUUCCGAUUGAGUCUUGAAUAUAAAGCAUUAAUUGCCUUUUAUUUACUCACAUAUAAAAGGGUAGAUUAAUAAAUAAGUACACCAUCUUAAUUACUUAUGAAUAUAAUAACCAGUAGUCAACAUGGCGAAAUCAAUUCCCGUUCAUCACAUCAAAAUGUGGCAGAAAGUUCAAGAAGUAACUUGCAAGAUCUUUUGUAUAGUAAUUUAUAUUAGGUGAUAUCCGAUGUGGGAGAAUCUGUAUUGCAAGCAAUAUAUGUAAAUAUUGUUCUUCUAAUUCUGCUGUAAUAAAUAAUAUUGGCCUGAAAUGCCUCUCAUCUG